AUGUUCUGGAACAUCCGUGGUUUCGGCGUUAGGGGGCGCCGGACCAUGCUCAAAGACUACCUCCGCAAACACCGGAUUGACAUCGUGUGCCUUCAAGAAACUAUUAAACAGGACUUCACGGAUCAUGAGCUCAGAAGCCUCGAAGUGGGAGAGACCUUUGUCUGGUGCUGGUUGCCUGCUUCGGGGAGAUCAGGCGGUAUGCUCAUGGGCUUUAGGGAAAGCAUGUUUGAGAUCGGAGCGAUUGACACUGGUCGUCACUUCGUUUCCGUGGACGUCAUCCUCAGAACUGUCAGGCUCUCGCUCAGGAUCGUCGGAGUCUAUGGCCCGGCUGACCAUGCGCUCUCGGCUUCUUUCCUCCAGGAGCUUUCUAUCAAAGUACAGAACACCACUUUGCCCAUUAUCAUGGGUGGGGACUUCAAUCUCCUCAGAACGGAACAGGAUAAGAACAAUGACAGGAUUAACUGGCCAAGACUGGAACUUUUCAACAACCAUAUCGCGGACUGGGGGCUGCGAGAAAUCCCACGCACAGGGGCGCGCUUCACCUGGACGAACAAGCAAUUGAAUCCGGUCAGAUGCGUCUUGGACAGGGUGUUCUUCUCGCCUUUGCUGGAACCUCAUUUCCCCCUCUGCACGCUUAUUGCGGAAACGUGUCUUGGCUCUGAUCACACUCCUCUCAUCUUUGACUCGGGCGAAGGGGUGCCGCCAAAGAGCAAUAGAUUCUUCUUCGAAUCGGGUUGGUUGGAAGUUGAGGGCUUCCAAGAGUUGUUGCAAGAUUGCUGGGACAACCUCCUGUCUAGGGUGCAAGGGAGAGACAUUGUCGAUUGGUGGAAAUUUAUGAGCACGGGGCUCAGACAAAAGCUCAAGGGGUGGAACGCGAACAAAGGAAGGGAGAACAGAGAGCACAAACAGCUGCUCGUCGAGAGGAUCAAGAAUCUUGAUGAAAAAAGCAGAUGCGACAAGCACCUCAUUCAAAAACACAUUUACGAUUUUUAUCGGGAACUUCUCGGCUCGGAGGCCCAGAGGGUGUGUGGGCUGCACCCCAACUCUUGGAGCGACCAGCAGAGGGUCUCCGACAAGGAAAACAACUUGUUGAUGCGCACUUUAUCGGAGAAGGAGUUGGAGGAGAUUGUGAUGGAGAUGAAAUCGGACACAGCUCCGGGGCCGGAUGGGUUCCCGGUUCAUUUCUUCAAGAAGUUUUGGCACAUUGUCAAACACGGGGUGCUCCACAUUCUGAAGGAUUUCAUCCUAGGGAGGAUUGAUGUUGCGAGACUCAACUUUGGGGUUCUCUCGCUCAUCCCAAAGAUCCCUGGCGCGGAUAAGAUCACCCAGUUCAGGCCCAUUGCGCUUAUCAAUGUUAUCUUUAAGAUCAUUUCCAAAGCCUUUGCCUCGAAGCUAGAUCACAUCGCCAACAGGAUCAUCAGCCCAAUCCAGACCGCGUUCAUCAAGGGCAGGUUCAUCCUUGAUGGCAUCCUGGCUCUCCAUGAGAUAGUCCAUGAGUUAAAAACCAAGAAGCUUGGUGGAAUCCUGCUCAAGCUCGACUUCGAGAAAGCCUAUGACAGGGUCAACUGGGAUUUCCUCUUUGAGGUGCUAAGGUGUAAAGGUUUUGACCCAGGGGUGGUCCACCGCCUUAGUCAACUGGACACUGGUGGCCAAACCGUGAUCUCAAUCAACGGGGAGAUUGGGCCCUUCUUCAGAAACAAGCGGGGAGUUUGCGGUGGUUCCACCCAAAUGGGGUUUCGUAGGGCCUUGGAUGUGGAAGCCCUGCAGGAAUGGCACAGUCUUCGUGAUAUUAUUGAAAAUGCUGUUCUAUCCGAGGGGCAGGAUAGGAUCAGCUGGAAGUUGGGACAAUCUGGGAAGUUCUCGGUUAACUCGAUGUACAGGAAGCUCUCGGCCGGGGCCUCCAUUGCUCAUUUCAAGGAUGUCUGGGCGGCGAAGAUCCCGCUCAAACUCUGGACGCUGCUCGCCAAACCUCUGGACAGAUCGGGGCUCAGGACGGUGGCCACCCAGCUCAGACUUCUACACGCCGCCCACGCACCAAGUGCGCCGUCAAGAAGGACUGACGAGGCAUCAUCAGGAACACCUCUAGGGGGAAAGUCUUCGCUAUCAGCUGUUUAG